UAUUCUAUUUGCAUAAGAGAAGAAUACUUUAUAACAGGAAUCUGUUUCUAUAAAUUAUUAUAUUAAAAAAACAAAGAUGUCUGGGGGAAGUAUGAUGGAUAAAGCCAUCAAUAUUGUGAAGCAGGCAGCAGAGGAAGACAAGAAUAAAAACUAUGCUGAAGCUCUUCGUUUGUAUGAGAGUGGAGUGGAACAUUUUUUGCAUGUUAUAAAAUAUGAAGCAAAAGACAACAACGCGAUAAAGAGAAGCAUCCGUGAGAAAUGUGGUGGUUACCUUCAUCGUGCUGAACAGUUGAAAAAAUAUUUGGCUGAUGAAAAAUCUUCAAACGGUGGAAAGAAAAAGAAAAAGGAAGUAAAAGCUGACGGAUCGGAUGGAAGUGAUGAUGAAGACCCUGAGAAAAAGAAAUUUGAAAAUGCUUUGUCAGGAGCAAUUGUUGUUGAGAAACCAAAUGUAAGUUGGACGGACGUUGCUGGUUUACAUGAUGCUAAAGAAUCUUUAAAAGAAGCCGUUAUUCUGCCAAUCAAAUUCCCUCAUCUAUUCACAGGUAAACGAACACCAUGGCGUGGUAUCUUGUUGUAUGGGCCACCAGGGACAGGAAAAUCAUAUUUAGCUAAAGCAGUUGCCACUGAAGCAAAUAAUUCAACGUUUCUCUCCGUUUCAUCGGCUGACUUAGUAUCUAAAUGGCUCGGUGAAAGUGAAAAGAUGGUAAAAACAUUGUUUGGGAUGGCGCGCGACCAACGUCCUUCUAUCAUCUUCAUUGAUGAGGUGGACUCUUUAUGUGGAGCCAGGAGCGACAAUGAGAGUGAAGCUUCAAGAAGAGUCAAAACUGAGUUUUUGGUUCAAAUGCAAGGCGUCGGAUCUGACAAUGACAACGUGCUUGUAUUAGGAGCUACAAAUAUUCCGUGGCAGUUGGAUUCUGCCAUCAGAAGAAGAUUUGAGCGUCGUAUAUACAUACCUCUGCCUGAAGAAGCAGCAAGGUCUGUUAUGUUUAAAUUACAUCUGGGCGACACCAAGACUGAACUGACAGAGAAAGACAUACGGGAGCUGGGAAAGAUGACUGAGGGAUAUUCUGGAGCUGAUAUUGGUAUUGUAGUUCGUGAUGCUUUGAUGGAACCUGUACGUAAAGUACAGAAGGCAACUCAUUUUAAAAGGGUCCGAGGUCCCUCCCAUGAGGAUCCAAACAUCAUCAUGGAUGAUAUGCUCAUCCCGUGCUCUCCCGGGGAUCCUGCUGCCAUAGAGAUGUCGUGGCUCAAUGUUCCAGGAGACAAACUCCUUGAACCUCCAGUUACUAUGACAAUGAUGAGGAAAGCAAAAGCUUCCACCCGUCCUACAGUCAACCAAUCAGAUUUGAAGAAAUUUGAAGAAUUCACAAAAGAUUUUGGUAUGGAAGGAUGAAAAUGGACACAAGAUUGUUCAUACUUGCACUUAAUAGCUGCUUGCGUGGUCCCAAACUAGAUUUCCCAAUGCUAGACAUGAUGUUGUUUGGUAUGCAAGUGUAAACCUAUCACUACAGUGCAAUGAACAUACUUUGUUGCGGUCAAUACUGCAUUGUAUAUCACAACCUUUGGAAAUUUUAGUGCAACAUUUUGCUCGUUUAAUUACAAGUUUUCUCUAUCACAAACAUAGAGACUGCUAAGUAAAAUCUCGAUUAUUAUUUUGGAAUUAAAUAGUCAAGGCUUCAAAUUUACUUCAUUCGCACUAUUGUCUUAUUGUUGUAUAUACAAACACACUGGUUACUUUUCAAUUGAUUUUCUGGUAUGUGCUAAAAUACAUUAUAUGUUGAAAUACAUACUUUGAAACUUUACAAUAUAUGUUGUAGUUCGUAAAAAUAUUAUGCCUUUAUCAU